CUCUCUCUCUCUCUCUCUCUCUCUCUCUGUCUAUAUCGCUACCUGUUGCAUUGUAAGUCGAGUCAGCGCAUCAUUCUCUAGGAUCAAGAUUUUUAAACUAAACAUUCCGCUCCGACGAAUCUGAUCAAAUUAUUGAAACGUUUAGAACUCAUUGGUCGGAGGCUUGGGCAUAAGUCCAGACCUGUUGGAGGGCGCAGAGCCCAGCGUGGCAGCACCUCUGGUAGCCGGGGAUCUAGACGAUGGUCUUAUGUCCAGGGCUAAAGACACCGGCAAAUUUUUAUAUAAACAUUUUGAGCCACGGGAGCGCGUCGAGAAGAUCAACACCAUGAUGAGUAAGCUGAAAACCGCGCUCGACGCGGAAACUACCUCAAGAUUAGAGCUAACGCAGACCGGGGACAUGGACAGUAUUAAAUUGAUCGCGCAGAGCGAUUUGCGGGUGCAAGCACUGAGCGUGUUACUCCUACACUAUUGCGCCGGGCUGCAGCACGCGCAGGAAGCAUUAGACCGGUCCCAGGUCAGCGAGGACUCUUAACGGAUUCGAGUUCCGCGAGCAGAAACCGGCAAAUAAUCGAUCCGGCAUUUGCGAUUUCAACAUUCCAACCCGAGCGACUCGAAAUCGGUCUAAAUCAGCGAACGUCGAUCAGUUCCGACGAUCAUUUUUAAGUGUUGCACGCCUACGUGCACGCGCAACGCAUACGAUAUACUUUUUUCGAUUGUUCUUUUUUAUAUUGUGCUGCGAUACUCGUGUUCGGUAGUCCCUCGUUCCGUGCGCCUCGGUUUUCGCCAAAGUUUUGUACAAAGUACAGUAGCACAUACAUAUUUAUUUAACCCUUGAGUGAACUUUCUACGCGAGCUUUAAAAACCCAGUUACAUCGACACACAUUCAAAGCGGCAAAGCUUUCGGAUAGACGGUAACAGCCGGAGAACGUAUAUUUCCUCAGUCAUUGGUUUCGUUGUUUUGUGAAGCACGCGCGAAGGGAAUAUCGUGAUAGGCCUCGAAACAAUACUCGUGAGUAAUCUGACCGUGAUAUUAUCGUUUUUAGCUUAUCGGAGAAAACACCAAAUAAUUAAGGGCUUGUAUUUACGGGUUAUGCGUGUAUUAGUAGAGGACAGAGUACAACGCGGAUCGUCGAAUGCGUUCGCGCAGUGUUUAGAUUAUUCUCUCGAUUGGUGUAGGUUCAAGUAGCUGUGGUUAGUCAAGUAUUUUAAUUAGGGUAACGAAAUAACGUGUCUUUGAGUUGAGACGCGACGGUAACGGGCAAUUAUAGAUACUUCGUAGUAGCGUUUGAUAGUCUUGAGCAGGAGUUACUCUUUUUCAUAUCAAUAGUAGUGUAAAACACGUCGACUUUGAAGUCAUAAGCGAAUGGUUGUCGAAAACCCGCGCGUACUCUCCGAAUAGUCUCUGUAUAUCUCUCUGUCUUGCGAAAAAUCGCGAAACAACUGUCGGCAAACCAGCUCUGCAACGAAAACCUCGUCAGCUGCGACUGAUUUAACGAUGCCCGAUCAUUGCCUACGCGCAAAAUUCAAUCGUGUACGGCGUACACCACACAACACGCACGUACAUACUACACAUUCGGAUAAAGACGAACACACGCGAUACGAUAGAAUUCCAUCCAUAAUAAACUCGAAGGUUGAACAAGCCUUGAAUGUAUAUUAUACAUAUAUUUCCUGGCUUCGCAAGGUAUUACGAUUCAUUGUUAAAAAGAUGUAAAGUCAAUAUAAAGAAAUGAAUAUAGAUUAUUGAAACGAGAA